AUGGUGACAUUCCUAAUCUUGAUUAGAAUUUCUGUCAGAAUGUUAGAAGAAAGGAAUAAGUGCAGCUUUUUGUUUCUUUUUGUCAUCAUACCCGUCGUAUCCGCUGGAAUCGCUUGCCUAGCGAAUCCAUGUUACCAUGGAAUUUGCAUCGACGAUCUAAAUAGCACCUACGCAUGCUACUGUACGGACGGUUACACUGGGAUACAGUGCCAGACGAACUGGGACGAGUGCUGGUCAGAUCCCUGCCAGAAUGGAGGGACGUGCAUCGACGGCGUGGCCUCCUAUAACUGCUCGUGUCCUGAUGGAUUUAUCGGAGACAACUGCGAAAUUAACUACAACGAAUGCGAAUCGAACCCUUGUCUAAAUAAUGGGACAUGUAUUGAUAUGACGAACGAGUAUGUCUGCCACUGCAUGCCGGGGUUCUCUGGCGAGCAUUGCGAGAACGACGUGGCUGUCUGCAACUCCACUGAAGAAAUCAGGUGCUAUAACGGCGGAGAGUGCAUAGAAGGCCCAGGCUUCAAAUUCUAUUGCAAAUGCUUGGAAGGUUGGACGGGUCCAAAAUGUGAGGAUCAAAUUGACGAAUGCGAGUCGAGCCCGUGCAAAAACGGCGGCAUUUGUAUCGAUGCUCAUGCAGACUACAUGUGCGCCUGUACAUAUGGAUUCACCGGUAAAAGCUGUGAAGUACAAAUACAGUUCUGCGACGAGAACUCCUGUAGCAACGGAGCUCUGUGUGUUGUUGAGGACGGUGAAAGAAUCUGCUACUGUGUACCUGAUUACCACGGGGAACGCUGCGAGUUCCAAUACGACGAGUGCUUACUGGGACCAAGGUGCUUAAACGGAGGAACAUGUAUCGAUGGUGUAGACAAUUUCACUUGCUCUUGUCCUCCGGAUCUCACGGGGCCAUUGUGCGAGUGCCUGAUUCUCGACGACGGCACAUACGACUGUGAAUACGUUAGAACCACUAUCAUACCAGAAAAUACUACGUAUAUAGGAAAUACUCAUAUUCACGACAUAACGACGACCGAAGCUACUUACAGAAACUUUACAACAGAAGGUUUCCGAAGUACUACUACUACUAGAUUUGGCACAUCUGAUAUUUUCAUCACAACUUCUAGUCUCGGUGUCAAUGAUGUAACACAACCAGAAUCUACCACAUUUACUACAAUCACUGAGCCGAUCCAACCAAAAACAAUCGAAACCGACGAUCAAACUAAAUCGAACAAGACUGAACCAACUAUGACGAGUGUUGCUAAUGUAGAAGUUACAUCUGAAUCUUCGACGGAAGCAAUCACAACGGACAUAUCUACGGCGACUGAAACUACGUCUACACCAUCGCCAACCAUAACUGAAGUGGCAACGUUAAUAACAUCGGAAAAUCCAUUAACAACAAUUCAGACGACUGCAGAAUCUUUACCAAACACUUCGGAUCCUGUAACUGAAGGAACUUCUGGCACUACAUCAGAAUUUACCAAACACGUUCAAGGAGAAGAAAAAACCAGUAAAAGUGCAGACAGUGCAACUACACCAUUUGUCACGACAUCAGCUAUACCAAUACUAGACACGACUACCGAGAAAAUGUUUACUGACACUCCUCUAGAUAGUACAACGUCUAUAUCGACUGCGUCAUCUUCAGUAGCUCCGGAUACUGAUACAACUAAGACAAUGUUUGAUUUCUCAACUGAUUCGUACCAGACUGUACCAACAGAUUGUGAUGAUUCCAUUUGCAACAACCAUGGAACUUGUCACACCGGAAUGCAUGGGAUAAGAUGCCAAUGUAACUUCAAUUACGGAGGUAUACACUGCGAAGAAAAAAUUACUAUUAAGUCGGCAGCAUUUGAUGGAAAUUCCUACGUUGUUCAUAGAAUAAGGAACUCUACCUCUAUAGAUAUAGAGUUCAGCGCAAGAACCUUAAUCAGCGACGGCCAGAUUAUGCAUGUGGAUAUAGCUAGAAGUGUUUACAUGGAGCUCUACAUGAAAUCCGGUCUACUGAAGUUUCAGUUCUCCUGCGGGUAUCAGACAAUGCUGCUCGGUGAACUGAAGACGUAUGUCAAUAAAGGAUAUCCAAUGAAAAUUGAGACCAGACUGGAUUUGUACAUGAAGGAGCAACUGUGCAAUGCGACAAUCAGACUUAAUGACACUCUGGCCAUGAGUGGCGGGCAAAUUGCAAACAUCACCACUCUACACAAUAACGCCACCGUUCAUUUCGGUAACGGCUUCAUCAGUAACCAUUCAGAGAAGAAACAGUUCGUCGGCUGCAUAAAGGACUUAAUCAUAAAUGGAGAAAGUCGAGAAGUUUUCGGUGAUGCGGUGGACGCGGUAGAGGUGUCGGAAUGCUCAUCUCUGUCUUGUCUUUCUUCGCCGUGCCUCAACGGCGGCUCGUGCAGUGAUCAUGAUGACACCUACGUUUGUUCCUGCGCUAAUGGUUGGAUGGGCGCAAGCUGUAACCAGUCAGUGUGCGAGCACAACCCGUGCGGCGGCGGCGGCAGCUGCGUCCGUCACCCCGGCAGCGGCUUCCUCUGCCUCUGUCCGUACGGGAGACAUGGCAUCUUCUGCGAGUAUAACGUAGAGAUCACUCGACCAUCGUUAGCGCCGAUUGCUUCAGGGAAGUCAUCCUACGUCAUCUACGGGCUCUCGCCUAACGCUCUGAACUCGGACAGAUUUGAUCUCCGACUACGGUUCCAAACGAAUGACAUGGACCAAAUUGCCUUAUUGGCGUUUGUAGGGCAGAACGGCCGGCACGACUCCAAAAGCCAACAUCUGGCUCUGACGUUCGUGAAAGGUUACAUCAUGCUCACGUGGAACAUGGGAAGUGGUCCUCGUCGGGUGUUCACCGCUCGGGCGAUAAAGCGCGGCGCACACACGGUGCGCGUGUGGCGGCGCGGACGCACGGCCGGCCUCACCGUGGACGCGCGACACAACGUCACCGGCAACGCGCCCGCCACACGCACCAACAUGACGCUCACUCCCUAUGUUUAUAUUGGCGGUCACCCAUCGGACGGUUUCCACGAGCUGCCGCACGACAUCCCGCUGCACGGGGGGUGGAGCGGGUGCGUGUGGGACGUGGGCGGGCAGUCGGUGUCGCGCGUCGUCGCCGGCCGCGGCGUCGGCCAGUGCGGCGUGUCGCAGUGUACGCCGCGCUCGUGCAACGCGCCGCACGGAGUGUGCCUGCACUCGCCAGCUACGUACGGGUGUAUCUGUAAUGAAGGUUGGUUUGGGCCGACCUGCAACAGUCGCCAAGGGCAAUGCGAUCCCAAGCAUUCCAAGUGCCGAGGCCGCUGCGUGAUAACCCUCGAUGAAUCAGAAUGUGAUUGUCCCUAUGGAAAAUCUGGGGAAAAUUGUGAGCUUGAUUUAAUUCCGUUGGACAUGUAUUUCACCGGAAGACGGUCGUAUCUGACUCUACACCCACGGUCACUGUCCAGCGUUUCGCUAUCUCUGGAAGCGGAGAUCAAACCUAUCAAAGAGCGCGGUCUUAUCAUAUUCGUAGAGACUCCGCAUUUUUAUACAGCGUUGUCGCUACAAGGUGGACUGUUGGAGUACCGAUGGACAGACCGUUUGUCCGGCGUGUCGUCAGUAGUGCGGAGCGGGGCGGUGUCCGCGCUGCGGGCGUGGCACGGCGUGCGCGCGGGCCGCUACGGCGACCGCCUGUACGUGUGGGCGGACGGCGCGCUCGCCACGCAGCCGCUGCGGGCGCACGCGUACCCGCACACUGCUAGCGACGCAACAGUUGUGCUAGGUGGUGCUGCAGAUCUAUCAACAUUGCCGAUAGACGUUAUGUCGGGACCCCCAGAAUCUUAUACUGGCUGCAUAAGAAAUUUCCAUAUCAACAAUGUUCCAAUCCCACUUGAGGAACAAACUAUAAAAGAUGGUCAAAAUGUCGGUGCUUGCGACGGGUCGGUAUGCGGCGGUGCGGGGAGCGGGGCGCGGUGUCGGCGCGGCGCGUGUGCGGGCGCGCACUGCGGCCCCGCCCCCUGCUACCGCGGUCGCUGUCUGUGUCCCGCCACUACCGCCGGAGAACGCUGUCUUACACACGUGAACGUGAGCACGCCGCAGUUCGACGGCGCGGCCAUGUUGUCGCUGACGCGUGCGGCGCGGCGCAGCGGCCAGCUGGCGGCGGCGCCUGCACGCAUCGCCUUCAACUUCACCACCGCCGAACCAGAUGGACUACUGCUUUGGAUUAAAACGGGCAGUAAAUACUUCGGCCUGGGACUCCACAAUGGAUACCUCCAAGUUGCUUGGACGGUCGGCAACAGCACAGUUAUUAGGACUAAGAACGAGGAGUCCAGGCGGGAUAGUCAGUCGAGUACGCUGGUGCAAGCGGGAUUCCUGGCCGACGGUGACUGGCACGACCUGAUGCUGGACCUCAACCACAAUCUCACGCUGACGGUGGACCAGCUACUGUACUUCGACGAGGAAUUCCACAUGGAUGACAAAUACAAGGACUAUGAUAUAUUUCUAGGCGGACUAAAUACAGAUGACUUCACGGUCCGAAGAUUGUUCGCACAGAACUUCAAAGGCUGCAUCGAUCAAAUAUCGACGAAAGAGGACGUCUACCUGACCGACUACAGCGCCGUCGUGAGCGAGAACAUCCAGUCGUGCCAACUGUUCCCUACUACUUGAAUGCUGCCUCGCUAGUCACUACAAGUACAAAACUCUAGAAUUUGGUAAACUAUUUGAUCGGAUACCAUAAAGUGGAUGUAAAGUCGAGUUACCAGCAGCCCCACACAAUGUGUCUACUACUGGUAGUUGUCUCGAUUGAGUGUUAUCAACGGCUGAUGUUCUCUGUUUGCUUCAUACGUUGGUUGCAUAUUUUGUUUGUGAAACUGUGUCUAGUAUCCGUCCUCUUUUGAUUAGUUAUUACUGUAGUCUUAAGUACUCGUUAGUAGUUUUUAUGUAAACCGAUACUUAUAGUACAAAACUUGUCUAGUCGCAUUAUGCAGUUUAUAAAUCGUUUUAUAGGUUACUAGGAAAAAAAGAAAAUUAAA